GUUCGAAUCACCUUUUGCAGCUUUCAAGAGGUCUGUAGAUACUGCAAUUAUGAGGGCCGUUCAGUAUGCCGCCGCAAUUGGCGCUCUUGCUACCUUGGCAUUGAGCUCCCCAACCCCUGGUGGACCAGGUCAUCACCACCCUCCACCGAAGCAAUGCAAGCAAUGCAAGCAUCUGCCGCCUGUGAGCUCUAAACACCUCCAACACGACAUCAAAGAAGCCGCCCUCCUUAAGGGCGCCAAAUCCCUCGAGUCCUUCGCCUACGCCCAUCCCGAGCGCAACAGAUUGAUGGGCGGGCUGGGCCACAACGACACCGUCGCCUACCUCAUCAAAGAACUAACCUCCCUGAACGACUACUACACCGUCGAGCGGCAAGAAUGGAGCUCGCUGGUCCAAAUCAGCGCCGAAGCCAACCUAACCAUCAACGGCACCGCGUACGCGCCCGGAAUCAUGGAGUAUUCCGCCAGCGGCGACGUCACGGCCCUCCUCGUCGUUGUCUCCAACUUUGGCUGUGAAGCCUCCGACUACCCGGCCGCCGUAUCCAACAACAUCGCCCUCAUCUUGCGCGGCUCCUGCGAAUUCGGCGCCAAAUCCGUCCUCGCGGGCCUCGCGGGCGCCGCCGGCGCAAUCAUCUACAACAACAUCCCCGGCUCGCUCAACGGCACCCUCGGCCUCCCGCGCACCGAAGGGCCCUACAUCCCCACCGUCUCCCUCUCGCAGGAAGACGGCGCCGCCCUCGCCUCCUCAAUCACCAGCGGUGCGACCCUCCUCGCGACCCUCUCCGUGCUAACCGUCAUCGAAACCGCCCACACCGCCAACGUCAUCGCCACCUCCAACUGCGGCGCGCCCAACACGACCCUCGUGCUCGGCGCGCACACCGACAGCGUCGCCGCGGGGCCGGGCAUCAACGACGACGGCAGCGGCACCAUCGGCCUGCUCGCCGUCGCCAAAGCCCUCUCCCACUACCGCGUCGCCAACGCCGUGCGCUUCGGCUUCUGGAGCGGCGAGGAAGAGGGCCUGCUCGGCAGCACCUACUACGUCGACAGCCUGUCCGACAGCGAGCUACGCAACGUCCGCGCGUACCUCAACUUCGACAUGAUCGCGAGCCCGAACUACAUCUACGCCGUCUACGACGGCGACGGGUCCGCGUUCAACCAAACCGGACCCGCGGGGUCGGCUGAGAUCGAGCAUUUCUUCGAGGACUACUUUGACAGGAAUGGGCCGGGGAGCGUGCCCACGGCGUUUGACGGGCGCUCGGACUACCAGGCGUUCAUCGACAACGGGAUCCCGGCGGGCGGGACGUUCACGGGGGCGGAGGAGAUCAAGACGGCGGAGGAGGCGGGGCUGUUUGGGGGUCAGGCGGGGAUGGCGACGGAUGUGAAUUACCAUGGGCCCGGAGAUACGGUGGCGAAUUUGAAUAUGACGGCGUUUGUGCUGAAUGCGAGGGCGAUUGCGGCGGCGGUGGCGGAGUACGGGACGAGUUUUGGGGGUUUGCCGGCGAAGGAGUUGGUUGCGAAAAGGGGACUGGGGUUGAGGAAGAGGGCGGAUAGGGGGGUAAGGGAGAGGGACGUGAGCAAGGUGAUGGGGAAGAGCUUUUCGUGAGUUGAGUGCGAAAGGAGAGAGGGGGCCGAGGGGCCAGGGUUAUAUAUACGAGUAAUUUUAUUGGUUUUGUUACGUG